AAAUGGGAACUAAAAUCAGGAACUGAUUGCAGAAAAGUAAGAGAAGAGACAAAAGCACACAAGCGUCGAUUUAUUAAAAGAGGUAAAGAAGUGUUUGAAUCACAUGGUCCUGCUGUCUUUCAGAGAAUGGUGUUCAUCAUGUUCUGGAGGCUCCUGUGGUGAAAUAACAGCUCACACUUCCUGUGGGAGGAAACAGAGUUGGCAGAGAUCUUGAACACACCUUGGAAAUGAGACUGUACAGGAGAAUCACCAAUCAACAAGACAUCAGUCAGAGAACAGACAGCUCCUAUUCCUGUGGAACCACAAUGACAAAAGUGGUCCUCUUGAACACUCUGGACGACCUUGGAAAAGAUGAAUUUGAGCGUUUCAAGUGGAUCUUGAAACAUGAACGCCUGAAAGACUCUUCAACCAUCCUAAAGAGCAAGCUGGAGAAUGCAAAGACGUGGGACACAGUGGAUCUGAUGAUCCAGACCUACACGCUUUCUGGAGCUGUGGAGGUGACCACGCAGAUUUUAGAGAAGAUCCAAAGGAAUGAUCUGGUGCAGAGUUUGUCAGAUAUCAGCUCGGGACCAAAAGGGGAUGUCAGUGAUGUAGAAACUUCAGAGAACAGAGGACCUUCCUUUCCUCAGGCUGAAGGCGUCAUGGUUCCGGUACCAGAGCCACAACCCAUCGCAUAUUACCAACACAUGCUUCAAUCAAACCUUCAGGACAAGUUCAUGUGUGCACAAGAAGGGUGGAUGCAGAUGAAGGAGCGUCUGGUUGAUAUCUACACAGAGCUGUACAUCACAGCUGGGGUUGACGUACACAUCAACACACAGCAUGAGGUCAGGCAGAUUGAGGCGGUGGUGAAGCCAAUGGAAACAGAGAAACCAAUUAAACCCAGUGACAUGUUCAAACACCCCUCUGGAGAAUACAGACCCAUAAGAACAGUGCUGACCAAUGGGAUCGCAGGAAUUGGAAAAACAUUUCUUAUGCACAAGUUUGUAUUGGACUGGGCUGAAGAAAGAAACAACCAAGAUGUGCAUCUUGUAUUCCCCUUCACCUUCCGCCAGCUGAAUUUAAGGAAGGGAGAAAAGUUUUGUUUGGCAGAGCUCAUUCAUAAAUGUAUCAGGGAGACCAGAGACAUCAAGGAAGAAGCUCUUAAUCACAUCUUUACAACUCUGCAGUCAUCAGGAAACACAAACUAUGACAAGAGCAAAUUCAAACUUCUGUUUGUUUUGGAUGGACUGGAUGAGAGCCGACUUCAACUGGACUGCUCUACCAAUAAAAACCAGGAUGCAGACUUUGAUGUGACAGAGUCCACCUCAGUGGAUGUGCUGCUGACAAACCUCAUCAAGAGAAAUCUGCUUCCCUCUGCUCGCCUCUGGAUAACCACACGACCUGCAGCAGCCAAUCAGAUCCCUCCUGAGUGUGUUGACAUGGUGACAGAGGUCCGAGGGUUCACUGACCCACAGAAGGAGGAGUACUUCAGGAAGAGAUUCACAGAUGAAGAGCAGGCCAGCAGAAUCAUCUCCCACAUCAAGACAUCACGAAGCCUCCACAUCAUGUGCCACAUCCCAGUCUUCUGCUGGAUCACUGCUACAGUUCUGGAGGAUGUGUUGAAGACCAGAGAGGGAGGAGAGCUGCCCAAGACCCUGACUGAGAUGUAUGCAGAAUUCUUGAGGUUUCAGAUAGAUCAGACAAAAGAGAAGUAUGACCAAAAAAAGUGCAUUCAGUACAUUAAGUCAUUAGCAAAACUAGCUUUCCACCAGUUGGAAAAGGGCAACCUGAUCUUCUAUGAGGAAGACCUAAAAGAGAGCAGCAUUGAUGUCAGUGGAGCCUCGGUGUACUCAGGAGUUUUCACAGAGGUCUUUAAAGAGGAACGUGGGAGGAAGAAUGAUGAAGACAAGAUGUUUAGCUUCGUCCAUUUGAGUGUUCAGGAGUUUCUGGCUGCUUUGCAUGUAGUGAGGGCACUCAUUAAGAAAAACAAGAAUGUGAUGUCUGAGCCAGGGCAAACUUGUGGUGAACAUGUGCGAAUGGUUUUCAGAAAAACAUCUACAACAGAGGUCCACAGGUUUGCUAUUGACAAGGCUUUACAGAGUCCAAAUGGACACCUGGACUUGUUCCUCCGCUUCCUCCUGGGUCUUUCUCUGCAGCCCAAUCAGACUCUCCUACGAGGUCUGCUGAAAAAAAAAAGAAGCUCAGAGACCAAUCAGGAAACAGUCGAGUACAUCAAGAAGAAGAUCAGUGAGAAUCUGUCUGCAGAGAGAAACAUCAAUCUGUUCCACUGUCUGAAUGAACUGAAUGAUCGUUCUCUAGUGGAGCAGAUCCAACAGUCCCUGAGUUCAGGAAGUCUCUUCACAGAUAAACUGUCUCCUGCUCAGUGGUCAGCUCUGGGCUUCAUCUUACUGUCAUCAGAAAAAGAUCUGGACGUGUUUGACCUGAAGAAAUACUCUGCUUCAGAGGAGGCUCUUCUGAGGCUGCUGCCAGUGGUCAAAGCCUCCAACAAAGCUCUGCUGAGUGGCUGUAAUCUGUCAGAGAGAAGCUGUGAAGCUCUGUCCUCAGUUCUCAGCUCCAAGUCCUCUAGUCUGAGAGAGCUGGACCUGAGUAACAACGACCUGCAGGAUUCAGGUUGGACGCUGCUCUCUGCUGGACUGGAGAGUCCAUACUGUACACUGGAGACUCUCAGGGUGAGUUGCUGUAAUCUGUCGGAGAGAAGCUGUGACGCUCUGUCCUCAGUUCUCAGCUCCCAGUCCUCUGGUCUGAGAGAGCUGGACCUGAGUAACAACAACCUGCAGGAUUCAGGAGCGAAGCUGCUCUCUGCUGGACUGGAGAAUCCACACUGUACACUGGAAUCUCUCAGGCUGUCAGGCUGUCUGAUCACAGAGGAAGGCUGUACUUCUCUGGCCUCAGCUCUGAGAUCCAACCCCUCCUAUCUGAGAGAGCUGGACCUGAGCUACAAUCAUCCAGGAGACUCAGGAGUGAAGCUGCUGUCUGCUGGACUGGAGGAUCCACGCUGGAGACUGGACACUCUCAGGGUGGAACAUGGUGGAGAGCAGAGGCUGAAACCUGGUCUGAGGAAGUAUGCCUGUGAACUCACACUGGACACAAACACAGUACACAGAACCCUCAAACUGUCUGACGACAACAGGAAGGUGACAGUAGUGACGGAGAAGCAGCCAUAUCCUGAUCAUCCAGAGAGGUUUGACUUCUGGUCUCAGCUGCUGUGUAGAAAUGGUCUGACUGGUCGCUGUUACUGGGAGGUCGGGUGGGAAGGAGAAGUUUUUAUAUCAGUGAGUUACAGAGGAAUCAGAAGGAGUGGAAACAGUGAUGACUGCUGCUUUGGGCGGAACAAUCAGUCCUGGACUCUGAUGUGCUCUGAUGAUGGUGGUUCCUCUGUCUGGCACAAUAAGAAAAGAACAGUCCUCUCCUCCUCCUCCUCCAUUUCCAUCUCUUACAAAGUAGCAGUGUAUGUGGACUGUCCUGCUGGCACUCUGUCCUUCUACAGAGUCUCCUCUGACAUACUGAUCCACCUCCACACCUUCAACACCACAUUCACUGAACCUCUUUAUCCUGGCUUUGGUUUCUGGUGGUCUAACAGGUCUGGUUCGUCAGUGUCUCUGUGUUCACUGUAGGAGGGAGAGUCUCCUCCUGUGUAAAGAAACACACAAUCUUUUUGUAAGUCAUACUGACUUUACAUUACGAAGAAAACUUUUUUUGUGAAUGCACUGCACGUUGGUGGUUUUAAAAACCUUCAAAUAUGUUUUCCUUUGGAGUGCCUUGGUAGUUGAAUAGUUAUAGCGCAUGCCACAUGGCUACAUGGUCGCAACAGUUGCUGGUUCGAUUCCAGCCACUGACCUUUGUUGCAUGUCAUACCCCUCUCUCCCCAUUUUCCUGUCUCUUCGCCUGUCACUAUCAAAUAAAGGCAAAAAAUGCCCCCAAAAAUUAUCUUAAAAAAAACAUGUUUUCAUUCAGGUUUUUGGGGCGAACGUUAGUUUAAGGUUUUCUUUACUUUGCAAUCAGAUUUUCUCAUAUAAAUAAUCAUAUAUAUACACAAUAAAAUCAGGUUACACCCACACACACACACACACACACACACACACACACACACACACAUGAAUAAUCAAAAAUAUAAUUUUCCAGAAAAUUAGAAUUUUGUUGAUUUGUCAUUGAUUAUUGGAAUUGGAGGUUGAAAUAUGUGUAAUUUGAGUUAUUUCCACAGUAAAUAUGUGUAUAUGAAUGGACAGAGGAGAGUGUCAGUGUUCCAGGGAUUUAAGAACCAUGUUGAUGAGACAUCAUGACAAUUAGUUCUGUCAAAAAAUGGACUUCUCUCCAGUCUUCGCCAGAUCGUCCGUUUACCUGCGUGGUAUCACACCUCGGUCUCGACGCGUGAUCUAUGGAAGAUUCUGUUGCUUGUGAAACCGUGACUGACCUGCUGAGUUCCUGUGUCCAGGGUCGUCUACCGACCUGUGUCUCCAACCCUCACCGGCUCCACCAGCAACACCUCGGCUUCCCCGCCGCUCCACCUCAGCCUGCUCUCCUCGCUCCGCCUGCCGGCUCUCACCAGUCACUCGCCAGCCAGCCGCCAUCGCCUCGUCCACCUGCUCCCGCCGUUUCCCUCCACACACCUGGUGUCUCUCGUGUUUGUAAUAAACUGAAACUAAUCACUCCA